AAAAGGUUUGAUUCGGACAACGGGACUUCGGAGCAUGUCGUUUCAAACGGAGUGGUACACACGAUCGAAAACAAGUUUUUGAUUCCAUGUGCUUUAUUGAGUGUUUUUAUGUCGGUUGUUGCAUGCAAUCGCUGCUGUCACGGUAACGUCACCCUGUCUUUCUGUCCCACGUCUUGUUAGGUCAGUCCUGUUGUUAGUGUGGUAGUUACGUUAUGUCAGUCUACCAAGUCUGUGUUUUGAGUUUGCUUCAAUAAACCCUGGUCCAAGCUGCACUUGGUCGCCCUGCUCCAUUUCCAACCCCAGCCGAAGCCUGACAGUUUUGUGUAUUGGGUCGCUUUCAGUUUACGUUUGUUUGUUUGUUAGCUAAACAUUGCUGAACAAGUGUUGUGAUUACAGUGUGAAAAUGUUUGCAAGGACCACAGCAGAGUAUAUGGAGGAAAAGGACCAUAGUCGUCGACGACUGAUAGAUCUUUGGCUGCAGCCUUAUGUUGUGUUGCGCAGAGCAGACAUCAGUGAAGUUAUUUGUCCUAAGCACCAGGAGCCAGAGCGCCCUCGCAUUGACGAGGAAGAUGUAGGCAAAGAGGUUCAUCACGUCAAUGAACAAAUGGAGCAGAAGUUUCGUUGCGCCAUAAAAGAGGAGGAUGACCCGGAGUGGCCUUGUAAUAAAGAGGAGGGAGAAGACUUCUAUGACAUUAGAAUGGAAGAGGAGGAGGAUGCCUGCAAGAUGCCAUUGACUGUUGUCCCUUUGAAGAGUUUAGAUGAGGGUCAACAUGAGGUGAGCAAACGGGCGGAGCUUCCAAGCUGCAGCUCAAGUCAACAAAUGACUAGAGAAGGUGAUGAAGACCACUGUGGAGGAUCACAAGCAGGUCCACCAUCAGAUAGCGAUAACGUGUCAUCACAUGUUCCUGCUCCUGCUGAUGAUGAGUCUCAAAACAAACACAGGCAAUGUUCUCAGUGUGGGAAAUAUUGUGCUGAUAACAGUGGUUUAAAACAACACAUGAGAAUACACGCAAGAAAGAAAAACCAUUCCUGCUCAGAUUGUGGCCGAAAAUUCUCUCGAAGGGAAGAUUUAAAAAGGCACACAAGAAUCCACACUUUUUCAUACUCAGUUUGUAGCCAAAAAUUCUCUGACAAGGGAAGUCUAACAAUUAUUACAAGAAUCUACACUGGUGAGAAACCUUUUUCAUGCUCAGUUUGUGGCCACAAAUUCUCUCGGAGUGACAAUUUAAAAGAGCACACAAGAAUCCACACUGGCGAGAAACCUUUUUCAUGCUCAGUUUGUGGCCAAAGAUUCUCUCAUAAUGGAAAUUUAAAAGAGCACACAAGAAUUCACACUGGCGAGAAACCUUUUUCAUGCUCAGAUUGUGGCAAAAAAUUCUCUCAAAGGGAAUAUUUGAAAUGUCAUACAAGAAUUCACACUGGCGAGAAACCUUUCUCAUGCUCAGUUUGUGGCCGAAAAUUCUCCCGAAGGCAAAAUUUAAAAAAGCACACAAGAAUCCACACUGGCGAGAAACCUUUUUCAUGCUCAGUUUGUGCCAAAGGAUUUUUGACGAAGACAAGCUUAAAAAGUCAUACUACAAGAAUCCACACUGGCGAGAACCAGGGCCGGUUCUAGGAAUGCACAUAAGAGGGGGCAGUCAGAAAUGUGAAGGGGGCAUGUUCUUAUUUUUGUUUUGUGUUUUGUUUUGUUUUUUACACAUUUUUAACACUGUUAGUGUUUUCUUCCCGGCAGUUGUUAGCUGUGUGUCCAGCUCUCAACCUGGAAAAGUUAAGUUUAAUUCAUAUUCAGGGCAAGUUGCUUAGUUUCUAUUAGUGUCUAGGGGUUUAAGUUUUGUUCAGCUUUUCAUGUUCAUGUUAAGGUUUUUGCCCCCAUAUUUGUCAAGACUUGUUAAGAAGAAAAGUAAGUAAGCAAGACACUUAUCUUGUCUUGCGCUUGCGUGAUGAUUCGGCAGUAAACAUAGAUGAAGCAAUUUGUGUAGAAAUACUAAAUGACAAAUUAUGACAGCAUGU